AUGCUUCGGACGUGUCGUGCAGAUAAUAGCAGUAAACGAUACAUCUUGCUGGAUCUGGACCAUAAUGAAGAGCCUUGGACGUUGUCGAGCAUCGAAGCUAUUGGGCGCGCUGUGCAAGCAGCUUUCAGCCAAGGCACAUCAUCUGCUUCGCAUGAUUCCGAAUAUGCGGUACGAAAUGGCACAUUUCUCGUUCCACGAGUCGGGUAUGAUUCAACUACGAGUGAGGUAGUGAAGCUAUCACAAAGGUCUUCUGGCGCAGAGCUGCAGCCAUUUUUGCAAACUGAACGAUCUCUUCGGCUCUUUAUUCAGACCCCAGGGUUGCUGGACAGUCUGGUCUUCAAGGAUGACCCCGAAGCACAAGAACCAUUGCCCGAGAGUUAUGUGGAGAUUGAACCCCGUGCUUUCGGCCUCAACUUUCGUGGUAUCAUGGUGGGCAUGGGCCAGAUGGAGGAGCCUCAGAUGGGCUUGGAGUGUGCAGGUGUCGUCAAGCGGGCGCAGGGGAGCGCAGCCAUUCACUUCAAGGCGGGUGAUCGAGUAUGUGCUCUUACUGGUCACGGCCACUGGGCGAGUAGUACGCGUGUACCUUGGACAUCUGCAGCUCGCAUCCCCGACCAGAUGGGCUUUGACAUUGCAGCCUCCAUUCCCAUGGUUUUCGUUACCGCAUACUACUGUUUGUUUGAAUGCGCACAUUUAGAGCCAGGGGAGAAGGUUCUAAUCCAUGCCGCCUCGGGAGGUGUCGGCCAGGCCGCCAUCGUGCUGGCGCAAUGGAAACAAGCGACUAUUUUCGCUUCAGUCAGCACCCCGGAAAAGAAGCAGUUCCUAAUGGACACUUACCAGAUCCCCGAGGAUCACAUCUUCUCCAGCCGUGAUCCUUCGUUCGCUCGGCACGUCAAGGCGGCCACUAUGGAUGGCAGGGGAGUGGACGGUGUGCUGAAUUCUUUGGCUGGCGAAUUGCUGGACGAGACCUGGCAUUGUUUGGCACCGUACGGACGCUUCUUGGAGAUCGGGAAGAAGGACAUCCAGUCCAACAAGCAUCUAGAGAUGCGACUUUUCAACACGCAGUGA